AUAUCAACGAAACCACGACUCUCCGAAAGAACCAUCCGCAAUAAUAUAAUCCUUGGACUCGGUAAUUCUGAGUUUACCGAGAUCAAUCUGGUUCAAGCCUGCGAGGAUGCAGAUAUUCACGAUCCCAUUAUCUGCCUCCCGGAUAGAUAG